UCAAACAAUUGUAUAUUGGAAAAUUUGUGUAUAAUGAAAUCUCCUUUACUACAGGUUGCAACCUUUAUAGUCCAAAAAAUUCUGCUGGACGAAAUUGGUUUGAAAUAUAUUUGCACUACAGCAGAACGCUUUUAUGCAGUAGGUCGAGUUUUGGGAAACAUGGUGGCAACUCUUGUUGAGCAACCGUCAUGCCGUCUUUUGAAGCAUAUUAUUCGUUGCUAUCUUCGCCUGUCAGAUAACCAGAGUGCUUGCGAGGCUUUAAGAACCUGUCUCCCAGACAUGUUAAGAGACGCUACAUUCAGUAGUUGCCUUCGUGAGGACCCAACAGCAAGGCGGUGGCUACAGCAGUUGCUUCACAAUAUCGGAGUCAAUCGAGUUCCUACACUUCAAGGUGGAGGAGGAUUUGAUCAUAUGAUGGUAUCGUGAGAACAGAGACCUUGACUUGUUGCUUUACUAUCAUUCUGAAAUUUUCUAACUUGCUGAGAGCGAACAUUAAAUGGCAUUUUCAGAUGAGCAUGCACUAAGAAUGGAAAUUGAUACGGAAGGAUCUACCUUUUCCGCUUGAUGUAAACAGGUCAGCAUCUAAUCUGACAAUUACAUGGGUAGAUCACAUGAGAGCAAGGACAUGGACAAAUUAAUCAUUAAUUUUUCUUGUAUUUUUAAUAACAUAGUACGUACUAAUUCUCUCCUUAAAAUUACUUUUUGUUUAUCUUAUAAUUACUUUUUGUUUAUCU